UUGAUGAAGUUAAAGAAGAUGGUGAAUGUCCACUCAAAGCUUGUUCAUUUCCAAUUCCUACAGCUAAAGGAGAAUUGCCCAAAUUUUGUGGUUGUUGUUGAGGAUGUAAAGGAGUUAAAACCUAUUGAUUGACGUCUUAAAGACGAAUUUUUAUUCAAUUCUACAUUUGGCGAAUUUCUAUUCUUCUGUUUGUCCUGCAUCAUUUGAUCAUAUUGUUCAGCUUCUUCCAUUUCUAAUUCAUAAUUCUCUGCUAUAGGUUCGGGUAU